AUGAAAGAGUUAUUUUAUUAGUAGUACAUUUAUAAAAGAGUUCAAAACAAGUUCAUUGCUGAUAUAGAUUUACUAUAAAAAUUAAAAGAAUUGAAUGUCUCAAAAUAUGUAGAUUUGAAAAGAGAUGAUGAUGAUCUUUGUGUAAUAUAUAAAUUUGGAGGAGACGAAUUCAUCUCUCUAUCAGAUCUAAUGAAUCUAAAAGUAAUAAUAUUAUUCUAUAAAACAUAUUUAGACAUUAAAUCGCGUACAUUUAACUUAAUAAUAAGCUUAUAAAAUACUAAACUCUAUUUUAAUAGAAUUCUAAAAAAAAUAUCGAAUUUUAGGUAUUGAUUUUGAUCCAGAGGAUAUAUGGAUUAGAAAUGUUGAUUAAAAUUAAUAGUAAAAUAAUAUUUAAGUUUUUGAUGUUGUGUUUACUUCUUUAAUGAUAUUUAAUGAUGAAAAAUGGGAUAAAUAGCUUGAGUUUAAUUCAUUUAUAAGUUUAUUCAAAAAGCUCUUAAUAUUAUUUAUGCAUGAGUCAGAUAUAGAUAAAUUAAUAAAGAAUUGCUCUAAUUUCGAAGAUAUUUAAUCUAAGAUAUAAUAAAAUUAAGAUAAAUUCAGUCCAUUGGUAUUAGUUGCUAAAAUGAAUCAAAAAUUAAUUGAUGUAUUAGAACAAAAUAACUCCAACAAGAUAUAUCAAUGUAUCAAAAAUAAAGAAAAUUAUUAGUAAUUAAUUUCUAACAUAGUAAAUUGGGUAGUCAAAGGAAAUAUUUAUUUUGAUUAAACGAAAGACUUCACAAUUAAAGAUAUUUUUGAAAAACUAUAAUUUGAAGCAUUAUAUUAAAUGCUCAUAACUUGGGAAAAUGUUGACUAUCUCAUUUUAUAAUUAUAAAUGCUUGGCAUAUUCAGUAAGUAAUCCAAUUUAAGGAAAAUAAAUGAUUUUAUUUUUUGUUUGACUUUUCCCAAAUUAUAUGGUACUUUUAAAAAUUACAUUUCAAUGGAUGAAGCAAAUAAACUUACAGAACAAUGGUUUCAAUAUUAAGAAUAAAUUAUUUCUGAGAAAAUUCAACUUUAUAUAAAAAAUAUCUUUACUUUCUAUAAAGGAGAUAAAGAAGAAUGGGAGGAGGAAGAUUAUAAAAAAAUACUUUAAGAAGCGAGGGAAAGUAUAGAAUAAUAAUUUGUUAAGGAAAACUACCAUUACUUUAAAGAGGUGAUUCAAAGUGAAUUUUAUAAAUUAACCAAUACUUUGGAUAUAAUAAAAAAUUAUUACGAAAAAAAGGUUAAUAAAAUUAAUGAAGAGAUAUUAGAAAUAAUUUUUUAAUGA